CGUUGAUCACCAACUAGUACUACUACUAGCUUCUUUGCUUGUUUCUAGCACUCAUUAUUCACAUCUUUUGUACUAUGAUGUACCCGUCUCCAUUACCUCUCUUCUGUAUAGUAUAUGCAUCAUCGUGGACGAGUUGAAGAAUAUCAUGAUUUUCUUACACAACAUCACAAUUCCUGAUGAACUCAGAGUCUUAUUGGACGGCUUGCCUCAUCCAACAAGAAAACCAUCAGCAUACUCCAAAACGUCAAUGGCAUCCUCAAACCUUCCAGGAUGACUCUUCUUCUUGGACCUCCUUCUUCAGGAAAGAGCACGCUUAUGCGAGCCCUUACUGGCAAGCUUGACAAAAGUCUCAAGGUAUCUGGCAGCAUCACAUACUGUGGACACACAUUAUCGGAGUUCUACCCCGAGAGGACCAGCGCGUAUGUUAGCCAGUACGACCUCCACAAUGCAGAGAUGACCGUAAGAGAGACACUGGAUUUCUCCAGGCGCUGCUUAGGUGUCGGUGCUAGAUAUGACAUGCUUGCAGAGCUCGCUAAGAGGGAGCGUGAUGCGGGCAUAAAGCCAGAUCCUGCGAUCGACGCUUACAUGAAAGCUACAGCGGUGGAGGGACAGGAGACUAAUAUUGUAACAGAUCUUACUCUCAAGGUGCUUGGGCUUGACAUAUGUGCUGAUACCAUGAUCGGUGAUGAGAUGAUAAGAGGAAUUUCUGGUGGGCAAAAGAAGCGUGUCACAACUGGGGAAAUGUUAACAGGACCCGCAAGGGCCUUGUUCAUGGAUGAAAUUUCUACUGGUUUGGAUAGCUCUAGCACAUUUCAGAUUGUAAAAUAUGUGAAGCAGUUAGUCCACGUGAUGAAUGAGACUGUGAUGAUAUCCCUCCUACAACCACCGCCUGAGACAUACAACCUGUUUGAUGACAUUAUUCUGCUAUCAGAAGGAUACAUAGUGUACCAUGGGCCACGGGAGAACAUCUUGGAAUUCUUUGAAUCUUCUGGUUUUCGGUGCCCUGAGAGGAAAGGAGUUGCUGACUUCCUUCAAGAGGUCACUUCCAAGAAAGACCAGCAACAAUACUGGUACCGUGAACAGGAGCAAUAUCAUCACGUGUCAGUCCCAGAGUUUGCUGAACGUUUCAAGUCAUUUCAUGUAGGCCUGCAGAUACUCAAGGAGAUGCAAAUCCCUUUUGAAAAAUCCAAAACCCAUCCUGCCGCGUUGACCACAAAGAAGUAUGGCAUAUCCAGCAAGGAGUCACUCAAGGCAGUGAUGUCGAGAGAGAUGUUGUUGAUGAAGCGCAACUCAUUCAUCUACAUAUUUAAGGUCUCCCAGUUGAUCAUCCUUGGGCUCAUGGCCAUGACUGUGUUCCUCAGAACAAAGAUGCCUAGUGGGCAAAUUUCUGAUGGUGGAAAAUUUCUUGGGGCUCUGACUUUCAGUUUAAUCACCAUCUUGUUUAAUGGGUUUGCGGAGCUACAACUGACCAUAAAGGUGCUUCCUACGUUCUACAAACAAAGGGAUCUCCUGUUCUUCCCCCCGUGGACCUUUGGACUUGCAAACAUACUCUUAAAAGUUCCUGUUUCUCUUAUUGAGGCUGGGGUAUGGGUCAUCCUCACGUACUAUGUGAUGGGCUUUGCACCUUCUGCGGGAAGGUUCUUUCGUCAGCUUUUAGCUUUCUUCGCUACUCACCAAAUGGCAAUGGCUAUGUUCCGAUUGAUGGGUGCUGUUUUGAAAUCAAUGGUUGUGGCCAACACUUUUGGGAUGUUUGUGAUCCUUAUUAUUUUCAUAUUUGGAGGAUUUCUCAUCCCUAGAGGUGACAUCAAACCAUGGUGGAUCUGGGCUUACUGGUCAUCUCCUAUGAUGUACAGUCAAAACGCAAUAUCUGUCAAUGAAUUCCUUGCCAGUAGAUGGGCCGUUCCGAACAACGACACCUCUAUUGAUGCACCAACAGUAGGCAAGGCCAUUCUUAAAUCGAAAGGCUUGUUUACUGAUGACUCAGGCUUUUGGCUUUCCAUAGGAGCUCUUAUCGGAUUCACUAUUUUGUUCAACAUCUUGUUUAUCUUGGCCCUUACGUACUUGAGCCCUAGCGGCAGCUCAAACACACUAGUUUCAGACGAAAAUAAUGAGUAUGACACAAACAAAGAGCAAAUGUCAGAAGCCAAUGCAUCAUCAACCACGGCAUCUUCAAUACCUAUGGUUUCUGUAGGUACUAACAGAGCCAAAACCAGGCCAACUGGGUCACAAAUUGACUUGCCUUUCCAGCCUCUUUCACUUUCUUUCAACCAUAUAAACUAUUACGUGGACAUGCCUGCGGAAAUGAAGGAGCAAGGAUUCGCAGAAAGUCGUCUCCAGUUGCUCACUGAUAUCAGUGGUGCUUUCAGGCCAGGUGUUCUGACAGCAUUAGUUGGCGUGAGUGGAGCUGGAAAGACCACUCUAAUGGAUGUCCUGGCAGGAAGGAAAACUAGUGGGUCUAUUGAAGGAAGUAUCACCCUCUCUGGUUACCCUAAAAAGCAAGAAACUUUUGCCCGCAUUAGUGGCUACUGUGAACAGAGUGAUGUCCACUCACCAAAUGUUACUAUAUACGAAUCCAUUCUCUACUCUGCCUGGCUUCGUCUUUCAUCAGAUGUUGACGACAAAACGAGAAAGAUGUUUGUGGAGGAAGUUAUGACCCUUGUAGAGCUUGAUGUGUUGCGUAAUGCUAUGGUUGGUCUCCCUGGAGUUGACGGGUUAUCGACUGAGCAAAGGAAGAGACUGACAAUUGCCGUGGAGCUGGUAUCAAAUCCUUCAAUCAUAUUCAUGGAUGAACCAACUUCUGGUCUUGAUGCUAGAGCAGCAGCCAUUGUCAUGCGGGCGGUGAGAAAUACAGUCAACACUGGGCGUACUGUGGUUUGCACAAUCCAUCAACCCAGCAUCGAUAUAUUCGAGUCUUUUGAUGAUCUUAUGCUUUUGAAAAGAGGAGGGCAAGUUAUUUAUGCUGGUGAACUCGGUCGCCACUCUCAUAAACUAGUUGAAUAUUUUGAGGCAAUUGCAGGUGUUGCAAAGAUCACUGAAGGAUAUAAUCCUGCAACAUGGAUGCUGGAAGUUAGCUCCCCUCUAUCUGAGGCUCGCUUGGAAAUAAAUUUUGCUGAAAUUUAUGCUAAUUCUGGUCUUUAUAGGGAAAACCAAGAACUUAUUAAGGAAUUGAGCGUUCCUCCGCUGGGCUAUGAGGAUCUCUCAUUUCCUACGAAGUACUCUCAGAAUUUCUACAACCAAUGUGUUGCAAACAUCUGGAAGCAAUAUAAAUCUUAUUGGAAAAAUCCAUCCCACAACGCCAUGCGCUAUCUUAUGACUUUGCUCUAUGGGCUUGUCUUUGGCACGGUGUUUUGGCAAAAAGGAACAAAAAUUGAUUCACAGCAAGAUUUGUUCAAUCUACUUGGAGCCACUUAUGCUGCUGUCUUCUUCCUUGGGGCUGCCAAUUGCUUUACAGUUCAACCUGUUGUGGCAAUUGAGCGAACAGUUUUCUACCGUGAAAAGGCGGCAGGGAUGUAUUCUCCAUUAUCCUAUGCAUUAGCUCAGACAAGCGUGGAGAUCAUCUACAACAUCCUGCAGGGGUGUCUAUACACAAUCGUCAUCUAUUCGAUGAUUGGAUAUGAGUGGAAAGCUGACAAGUUCUUGUAUUUCCUGUUCUUCAUUAUCUCAAGCUUCAACUACUUCACAUUGUUUGGCAUGAUGUUGGUGGCAAUGACCCCAUCCUCGCUGCUCGCAAACAUACUGGCAGGCUUUGCAGUUCCUCUUUGGAAUUUGUUUUCUGGAUUCCUCGUCUUCAGAGUGGCAAUACCAAUCUGGUGGAGGUGGUACUACUGGGCCGACCCGGUGUCCUGGACCAUCUAUGGCGUCGUUGCGUCGCAGUUUGGCGAGAGCACCGGCUCUAUUUCGGUCCCCGGCGGGAGCCCAGUUUUAGUGAAGAAAUUUUUGCAUGAUAAUCUGGGAAUGCGGCACGAUUUCCUUGGCUACAUUGUGCUAGGCCAUUUCGCCUACAUCAUUGCCUUCUUCUUCGUGUUCGGCUAUUCCAUCAAGGUCUUGAACUUCCAGAAACGUUAGGCAGCGUGCACUUUUCUUGUUGCUACAGAAGCAAUCUAGUGCAGAGUGUGCAUAUUACAAGCAGUAGGAAUGAGAGACAUUCCAUAGCCUGAAGUAAUGUUAUGUAAAUGAGAUUUAAUAGGGAUUGCAUAGUCUAGUGCAAGUGUGUAUAUUGUAACGGUAAGAGAAAUACUUCCUAGGCAACGGUGUCAAAAAAAUAUACUCCAUUAACAUA